UUGUGACAGUUAUCUGACAUGCAUCCUCUUUAAAUCUUGGAUUUAAUUCACGCCUGAGAAACCUGAUGUUUUGUUCCAUAUGUUUGUAUUUCAAAUAAAAUAACCCUGAUAAUGUGUAUAUGCAACCAUUUGUGUGUAGGAGCUUUUGAGGAUGAAGAUAUUAUCCAUGUUGAGGGCUGUGUUGACCCAGUCAGGGAUAUUGAGAUCAUCCAUGAAGAGCUGAGGAUGAAGGAUGAAGAGAUGAUUGGGCCAAUCAUUGAUAAGCUUGAGAAAACCGCUGUCAGGGGAGGAGACAAAAAACUCAAACCUGAAUAUGACAUCAUGUGUAAAAUAAAGUCCUGGGUUGUUGAUGAAAAGAAACCUGUUCGUUAUUAUCUUGAAUGGAACGACAAAGAGAUUGAGGUCAUGAAUAAGUAUCUGUUCUUGACGUCCAAGCCGAUGAUCUACUUGGUAAACCUCUCGGAAAAAGAUUACAUCAGGAAAAAGAAUAAAUGGUGAGAUGACAUGUUAGCUGUUCAUCUGCUG